AUGUCGCGAAUCAACGGCGACGAGAUUGGCGAUGGCUUCCCCGAGGUGUAUGGAGGGGAGAAGCGCAUUGCCCCCCUGCGCCGCCUGUUCCCGUGGCUGGAGGAUAAGACGAGCCUGGCGACAGAGGAGGAGCUGCAGCCGUUCCUGGGGAAGGCGUCGCUGCUGGCAGCACUGGACUUCUAUGUGAGCCGCUACAGCGACGUGUUCGUGUCCGCCUCCCUGGGCAACAUGCACAACGUGAUGGCUGCACACCGUGCGUACUUUGGCGGUUUAAAGACGAUCAACUUCAACGGUACACUCCUGGCAACGCUGCUUGCGGCCCCUCCAAACACCCUCAACUGGAACGAGUUCGUUCGCGCCGUGCAGAUCGGGCAUCGGUCGCGAAUGGGCAAGAUCAAGCCGAGGCGUGCCGGGCAAUCCAUCUACACCUAUCCUGCUCCCGAUUGCUUGUGCCCUAUUGACGUACCACCGUCGCAGCCCGCGACUCGCACCGUAACAAGAUACAAGAAGGCAGCUGAGGGUCGUCGCCGACUGAGACUACUGACGACACUGCAGUCGCUCUACUCCUUCCUGCGAGUCCUCAUAGCAGCCUCGCUCAUGGCCCGGCCGCUCAUCACAGCACGCCUGCACGGCAGCACGGGUGGGGGGCCACAGGCGCUGCAGAUAGACGUGAAGGAGUCGCUAGCAGCAGCACUGGGAGCAGCUGCUGCUCUCACAGGGAAUCUAGCAUCCGGCACAUCUCGCGCGCGAGUGCUCAAGCUGUACGCCUCGCUCUCCCUCAUGGCCUGCGUUGCAGCGCUCUUGCCCCUCCUCACUGGCCCUCUUGUCUAUCCGGAGAAAUGGAUGACUGUGAGGAAGAAUGGUAGCAGCAACAGUGCGGAGGGAGCAGAUAAUCUGGAGCAGCUUUGGACUGCUGUAGCCACGGCCAGCAUUGCCAUUGACAUGGCAGGGUUGCUCGACGACUGCCCGUUGCCGGUCGGCGAAGUAUCGUCGUCCGUUCUAGCCGCGACGUGCCAAAGGAGAGAUCCUAUCUCCGACCAUUUCAAACCCGACGACGCGCAUGGAAGCGUUUCAGAGGCAUCGGAAACCGAGAAGGGCCUUCUGAUGCUCGUCACAGCAGAUUUCCCGGGCCUUCAGGUGUGCAAUUCCGAAGGUGUGUGGUCACCGGCGGAUCAGGGCGUGCCGCCGGGAAGCCUGCUACUGCUUGCCGGCCGUUGCCUUCAUCGCGCCACGGCCGGGCUCUGCCCCGCCUCCACCUACCGCGUGCUGCCGCCCGCCUCUGCGGGAGCCACCAGGUGA